AUCGUACACUACUACGCUGUUGUGUCCAUACCUGGUCUCGUGAUCUCACUUUGUCGCAGGUCGUUUCCCGCUAGACUUUUUAUUUAUUUAUUUAACCGAGUUUUAUUUUCCUGAUCUACGAUCGUGAAAUUGCGAUGGGCUGGUUCAAGUCUGAGAAUGUUUUAGGGAUGGGCUAACCUGGGCGCUCGCUGUGUUACGUUGCCGCAAACAUGGCCCUGCUGCGUGCGAGCGUCCCAACCCGUGUCGAGAGAAAAAAAAAAAAGGACGGGUACCAUCUGGAGUUCAUGCGAUGAUCCAACAAGGGGGAAAACAGGAGGCUCUGCUUGUCGUUCAGGACCAAGAUGUUGUAUCAGCAUCCGAGCGUUCUUUAUUUUUCCAUUUCCCAUGUGACCAACGCGUCUAGACUCUAGAGCACACUCCAACGUCAACGCCGUCGUCUUCAACUGCUUGUCGCGAUAAUGCAAAUGAUGACGCCGGUGUUCCCCCCCUCCCUUCUACCCACCAUCACCGCCGUUAUAGUAUGGGAUGGGGGGGGGGCAUGGGGGGGAUAGUGAGUCAAUACAUGGGACGAAGGGGACGGUGGAUAUUCCAUCUAUCUCGAGAGAGAUUGACGAACGGUGAGCGUGGGUAAAUAGAGUACCGCACAUAUACGAGCCGCCGGCUAUAGUGUUCCUAAUUCUGGCAAAAGAGAAAAAAAAGAAGAAGAGAUAAUAUCGAUUGUUAUGGCCGUCCCUCCGUCAGGUGAAGGUAUCAUCCAUGGAGGAGUCACGAUGGCUCUGCCCUGCCUCGGCAUCUCCUAUACGAGGACGCGCAGGGAUUUGGCUGGCAAGACUCAAGGAGGGAUGUCUCUGGUUGUCAAGACUCAAGGAGGGAUGUCACUGGUUGUCAAGAACGGGCUUUUCGCCCACACUCAAAUGAAAACGAGCAGUUCAAAGGAAAACGUUUCCCUGACAAGACAACCCGACCACCCCUCCCCAUCUGUCUCUUGUCCAUCCCUCCCCUUCGGUUUCUCUUUCUCUCUGGCCGGCCUGCUGCCCUGGACACUCUGGAAUGUUGCCUUUAGGUGUGGCUUGUCAAUCUUGUCUCUGGUUCCUGGUAUUGCCACGAGGUCGGGGGAGGGGGGGGAGGGUUCGAAUUCCCUAGCCGCUUUCAACCGGAAAAGAGAGGAUCUUUUCCUAUGAUGAUGAGUCCCUCUGUUCGAGAAAGAUGUAGCGAGCCCGUCAUCCAGUGAGAAGUAUGAAUUGGGUGACUGACGGCCUGAUCCCUGGCACGACGAGGGUCACAGAAUGGAGACGAACGUUGAAUUUUCCCACGGGACUGGCUACGACGCGUCUCCCUCCCCUCUGCUCGGUCAGCCGCCGACAGAUGAAAGCCUGCGCCUACAGAGCGGGCGGCUCUUUGUACGAUUGCGUAGUACGGAUAAUCCGUAGUAUAGUUCAAACUUGAGCCUCAAAAGUCGGAGACCUCCUUGCCUCCAUUCUUUUCGUCCAAAGGUCCCCUUGUUUUUGGGGAAAAGAGAAUGGAGAAGUUGCAAAUCAAGAUCGGGUACAGCUCCAUAUUGGCUCUUACCAAGUUAGGUAGGGGCCCAUCACUUUCUACGGAUACUGAGCCUCUGUAGUCUGCACCUGUUUCCGACAAAUUGAGAUGAAAAAGUCUCCAUCCCGCCUUGCCUGCCCGCGCGCAAUUGAACGCCGCAAUUGGGGGUCCGGCGGCAAGACCGAUAGGAAAACUUGAAGUGACAAGUGGAAUCGAGCAAAUGGACUCGACGAGGGAGAAACUACAGGACGGCCGCAGCGUUUCGUUGCCGCCGGCUAUGGGAGGGAGGAGGAGGAGGAGGAGCCACAAAGAAGGCUGUGUUCGCUGUUCAAUGUUCAGAAGGGCAAAGAUGGCGAGAGAAGAGCCGUGUCCUUGAGCAUGUUUUGGCGGCUAAGGCCGAAGCCGCGGAGGGGACACGCCGCGCACAAAGGGCGGCGGCGGCUGCUUUUAGAUGAUGGUUCAAACUGAAACCGGUGGUUGGCUGGUGACGGCCGCAUCUAGAAAAGGGCACGACCGGGCAAACGCAUGCCUGUGGCAGUGGCAUGUCGCGCAAGCCCGUCGCCGCGGCGGGAAGGAAG